GUAUGAGCCGAAGCCAAGGGGCGCGGGCAGGAAAAGGAAGCAGGCCGGCCUUAAAGGGGCCUCUGCUGCUAUUUAUUUUAUUUAUUUAUUUAUUUAUAUUUAAAAGCCGCUCUCUCCUUCCUCCGAUGUUGUUAACGUCCCCGACGGAAGAGUGAGCUUAGGGGAGCCGGGCGCAGCCAGCAGCGGGGCCCUCUGCUGGAGACGGCAGCUCCUGCCCAUCGGAAGGCCAGGUGUGCGUGAGCUGCGCCCAGGGGUGCCCUGCGCCCUGGCGCCCUGCGGGCUCUAACAGCUGGGGUCGCGCGGGGGAACUGGGCCCAGGGCUCUGGUGGAGCGGCUGAUGUCCCGGACUGAAAGCUGAGGCCGCGCUGGUGAGACUGGGACAAGCCCUUGCACCUCCAGAGCUGGGCCAGGGCGACGAGGGGAGCCGCCAAGAUGCCAGGGGAAAAUAUCUUCCUGUUCGUGCCUAACCUUAUCGGUUACGCCCGGAUCGUCUUCGCCAUCAUUUCCUUCUACUUCAUGCCCUGCUGUCCCUUCACGGCCUCCUCCUUCUAUCUACUCAGUGGACUUCUAGACGCCUUUGAUGGACACGCGGCUCGAGCCCUUAAUCAAGGUGACAGAGCUCUACCACCGCUUGGGGACCCAACAUCCCCCUGCCCUUUUCCUGCUUUUCCAGAACCUCAGAAAUAGAUGGCUCUUUCAUUCCCAUCUCUGCACCCGGUUUGGGGCCAUGCUCGACAUGCUGACAGACCGCUGUUCCACCAUGUGUCUCUUGGUCAACCUGGCCCUGCUGUACCCUCGAGCCACUCUGCUCUUCCAGCUCAGCAUGAGCCUGGACGUGGCCAGUCACUGGCUGCAUCUGCACAGUUCUGUGGUCAGGGGCAGUGAGAGCCACAAGAUGAUCGACCUCUCUGGGAACCCCGUGCUUCGGAUCUACUAUACUUCUCGGCCUGCCCUGUUCACCCUGUGUGCUGGAAAUGAACUCUUCUACUGCCUCCUGUACCUGUUCAAUUUCUCCGAGGGACCACUAGUGGGCUCUGUGGGACUCUUCCGAAUGGGCCUCUGGAUCACAGCUCCCAUUGCCCUGCUCAAGUCCGUCAUUAGUGUCAUCCACCUCAUCACAGCGGCGCGAAACAUGGCCGCUCUGGAUGCGGCAGACCGUGCCAAGAAGAAAUGAUCCUCGCCCGCCCCCAGCCGCCCACCUGCCCUGGGCAUUUACUGCGCCACAUGGCUCCUCUCCUCCUCCUAAGAGGUCCUUGUGUCAUGUCUUAUGUGUUCUCUAACCUGCUGGGAUGGGGGUCAACCUCUGUGUGGUGUUGUCAGUGUCUUUUUAAUCCUGAGGACCAGACCCAUGCCUGUGACCCCAACGACCUGGCACGGCAAAGCAGGAAGAGUGCUCUGGAGGCCCCACAUCCAGCUGGUGCUCCGGGAGGCCCCACAUCCAGCUGGUGCUCCGGGAGGCCCCACAUCCAGCUGGUGCUCCGGGAGGCCUGCCUGAGGAUUGGGUGUUGCUACGUAUCCUGCUGGCUCAGCCCUGGGGUCUGGCCUGGCCCGAGAUUUGGGGGACAUGUGAAGAAGGGAGAUGUAUGGCUCCCAGGUUUCCCAAAAGGCAGAAGAAUCAGACUUGAUGCCCUUGGGCCAAGGAAGCCUGGGGUACCAGGCCCAGGAGGGAAGGGGCCAGGGGCCAGCUAGAUCCUUCCCUGAGGCAAACUCCUCUAUCCUGUCCUCUUGCUUUGGAAGCCUCCAUAAUAAAGGGGGGACCUUCGCUCUUUUCGGACUUGUUUGCUUUGAGACAUUCUUAGAUGAGGGCCUAGGGUUAAAAGGAACGGGGUAUAAAAGAUCCACCUGGAUGCUUUUCCCAAAGAAGGUGGCUGGCUCCUCCCUGUCAUGCCAGUGACCUUAGAGAGGCCCUGCCGGCUCUUGAGGUUCACAAGCACUGUCUCUGUCCACUCGCUUUAUGUCCCUGGCUGGUCACUUCCAUUGUAUCCUUGACAUUUUCUACCCUCACAAGAAUGUAAACUUCAUGAGAGCAGACUAUGUCUUUCUGAUAUCUGCCUAGAGUGAAAACUAGCCUGGCAUGUGGUCGCUGCUUAAUAAACACUCAUGGAAAGAUG